AUGUAAAAAUAACCAAUAUCAAUGUGGAGGUCACAAUUGAUGAACCUACAAGCAAAAAUGGCAAUUUCACAUAGAGAAUAUAUGUAAUUGGAGUCAAACAAUAAAUGAAAAAAAUGUUAUUACCGCCUAAUUUGAUAAACAAUGCUAUUUUUUGUUUGUUUUUGAUAGCCUGGCAUCAGAGGGAGUUACGUUAGAGAAUUACUAUGUGCAGCCCAUAUGUAGCCCGUCAAGGUGCCAGCUCAUGACAGGCAGGUAUCAGAUUCACUAUGGAAUGCAGCAUAGUGUAAUAACUAGCGACCGCCCCCAUGGACUGCCUUUAGAUGAAAUUACCCUACCCCAGAAGCUAAAGGAAAAUGGGUAUAGCACUUAUAUCGUGGGCAAAUGGCACCUUGGAUUCUACAGAAAGGAAUACAUGCCACUGCACAGGGGAUUUGAAAGGUUUUACGGUUACCUGACCGGAGGUGAGGACUACUGGACACAUCGGAGGCCGAACCUUUUUGCAAAGGAUCCAAACGCAUUUCACGGGCUUGACCUACGAGACCAAGACAAACCUGUCCUUGAUCAAAACGGAACCUACUCUACCAACCUGUUUGCUUCAAAAGCUAUCGAAAUCAUACGAAACCAUCCGCAGAACAAGCCGAUGUUUCUCUACCUGCCAUUUCAAGCUGUCCAUUCACCUCUCGAAGCACCCCGAGAGUACAUUGACAUGUACAAGAACGUAGAGAAUACCCUCGUCAGGACAUAUGCCGCCAUGGUGACAGCGAUGGAUGAGGCAGUGGGGAAUGUUACUGACGCCUUGAGAAAGACGGGAUUGUGGAACGAUACAGUUCUCAUAUUUUCUACAGGUAAAGAAGGGCAAUUUUCGGCUGCAUAUUUUCGAAGACAGCUAAAAGAUACUAUUUGGUUUGUAGGUUUUUUUUCUUAAAAACAGCCUUCGGUAACCUGAUACCUCCUGGUAUUAUUGCAACCUUUUGUUUUCUCCACUUAUAUUAUACAAUCAACCCAUAUCAUUUGGCAGAAUUCUAUUGCACGCUUCACACUCUAGGCUCCAGCGGCCUUAUUGUCGACUAUUGAUGCUAACCUU